AUGCGAGAGGAAAGCAAGCCCCUGCUCUCUAAACAUGCGAUGCAGAGGGCAUCUACUUACGACUCUUCUCUUUCGGAAAAUGCUGUAGGAAGCUCUUCAAAUCCCGAAGCGAAUUUGAGAGAAGGUCAAAGUCCGCUUGCAUCACGAUCAAGUAUGGAAAUAGUCGACAGGCAGAAGGAAUACCAACCGCUGCCGUCUACUUUUGUCGGCCAUCAACCUAAUCCAACAUUUUGGCAUCAUCUGACAUAUUACCUGCCGUGUUUUUCGUGGCUACCGUCAUAUAAUUCCUCUAAGCUUAUGAGAGAUCUAAUUGCAGGCGCUUCGUUGGCAUCUUUCCAAAUUCCACUAGCGAUGUCCUAUUCAACUUCAAUCGCGCAUGUUCCUCCGAUGUGCGGUCUAAACGCGCUGGCAAUAACGCCAUUCGUGUACGCCGUUUUUGGCUCUGUGCCACAAAUGAUUGUCGGGCCAGAAAGCGCAAUAUCUUUGGUUGUGGGACAGGCCAUCGAAAAAAUUUCCAAGCACGACAACAGCAUAAGUGUUACAGAUCUAUGUGUUGUCUUAACUUUCAGCAGCGGCAUGAUAUUAUUCCUCUUCGGCUUGAUGAGAUUUGGAUUUUUGGACAGUGUGUUAAGCAGGUCCCUUUUAAGAGGAUUUAUAAGUGCUGUUGGGCUAGUGAUGGUGCUGAAUUCUUUAAUCUCAGAGCUUAAGCUAAAAAAAGUGUUUGAAGAUGCCCCAGAUCACUACCAUGCACCUUUUGAGAAAGUUAAAUUUUUAUUAAAGUAUGCCCCUGAGAACUAUGACUUGCCGACUGCUAUCUUGAGCGGUGUCACCUUCUGUGUUUUGAUGAUCUUGAAACAGCUAAAGAAGCGACUAUCCAAGAGGUUUAGGAGAGCUGUCUUUUUUCCAGAGAUUCUCGUUGUUGUCACAAUGGUUACGUUGUUAUCCUUCUUCCUUGGAUUUAAACAAAAAUAUAACAUUGAAAUUGUUGGCGACAUAAAGGCUGAGAGCUCAAGUAAGUUCAAGAAUCCGUUUGCGAAGAAAAGCCUUCCUUACUACAAUGACUUAUUUCAUGCUAGCUUCAUGAUUGCCCUUCUUGGUUUCUUCGAGUCUACAACGGCUUCUAAGUCUCUAGGUACUAGUUAUGACUUGGCAAUCUCAUCCAAUCGUGAGCUCAUUGCCCUGGGGAGUUUGAAUUUGGUUGGAUCGCUCUUAGGAGCUUUACCCUCCUUUGGCGGGUAUGGCAGGUCAAAGAUAAACGCGUACACAGGUGCUGCAACCGUUAUGUCCGGGGUUUUUAUGGGUGGAAUAACGUUCAUUACAUCCAAAUUCCUACUUAGCAUGAUCCACUACAUUCCCAUCUGUAUCCUUUCUGUGAUUACAACCGUGGUGGGAAUUACCCUUUUUGAGGAGGCGCCUGCUGAUCUCAAAUUCCAUUUUAGGUGCAGUGGGUAUAACGAACUCAUUACCUACACCAUUACAGUUCUAACCACCUUUUUCUAUUCAGUUGAAGCUGGCAUUACUGUCGGUUGCGGCUAUUCCAUAAUUAGAGCAAUCAAAAACUCAACACGUUCUAGGAUUCAAAUCUUAGCAAGAAUCACAGGAACCAAUCGUUUUGUGAAUGCAGACGAAUUUGAUACAUCUCUGAACCAAGAAACACUAAGCUUGCCUAGACUCGAACACUUCGAAGGCUGUCUGAUCGUGAAAAUUCCUGAGCCAUUGACUUUCACCAACACAGAGGAUCUCAAAUCGAGAUUGAACCGCCUUGAAAGUUAUGGCUCUGUCAAUACACAUCCUGCUAGCCCUCGUAGUCGAGAUAAAGAUCUCACGAAGCACAUGAUAUUCGAUUUGAAUGGCAUGACGCAAAUCGACUCCUCUGCGUCUCAAAUUUUGUGCGAAAUAGUCACAAAUCUGCGUAAAAGGAGAGUGAAGGUGUAUUUCACGCGGAUCCCACUGACCGCCACUGUUCGCAACAGACUUGAAGCUUCGGGCAUCGUGGGCAUGGUCGAAAAAAUGACGGUGAAUGACCCAAUGGCACUUACAGAAGUCCCGACACCAUCAUGGUGCUUUAAUAGUAUUCAAGAUGCUCUUCGAGCCACAGACGAGGCAGAUUCAGAUACACUUUCAGAAGCCGUCAGCGAGUGCACUUCUUUGAGCGGCACUUUCGUACGUUCGUCAGCUGUCUGA